AUGCCAAAAGAAACCCCCCAAGCAGCCCCAGUAUUCAUCCCACCAACAUACGCACAAACGCCACCGGACCCCUUCCCAACCUCCGCCUAUGGCGACGUGACCUGGCACACACUGAUCUCCUCGCCCCAAACCCCCUCCACAGACCUGUCUGCGGGGAUAGCCACCUGUCCACCCGCGACCGGUCACCUCUGCGCACAUAGACAUGCUCAAGCGGAGGUAUAUCACAUUCUCCACGGUGAGGGCGAAGUGACGAUCGAUGGGGUGAGGAGCACGGUGUCAGCGGGUAGUACGGUUUUCAUACCCUCCAAUGCUGAGCAUGGUAUUGUGAAUACGGGUCCGACGGCUCUGCGGUGGUUCUAUGUCUUUCCAACGGGGUCUUUUGGAGAUGUGGUAUAUCGAUUCACGCGGGAUGAAGCUGGGAAAGUGAAGUUAUGA